AUGUUUCCAACAGCAUGGCAAGUAGGUCGUUAUUUGAAUGCAUACGCUGAAAGAAAAUUACCAGAUGGGUCGAUCAAAUACGGCUGCGAGGUUAUCAAUGCUUCAGAAGUUCAAGGCGAAGAUGGCACGAAAAGGUGGAAGGUAUCUUGGAGUCCGAUGGACAGCACUACACCAGCGAUCAACGAACGAAAUUUUGACCAUGUAAUCGUCGCUUCUGGCUUUUUCCAGAAGCCAGCAGACAUAGCUCUAUCAAGGGAUGCGUCCGAGGAUUCCAGAGUAUCCGUCAAGCAUAGCUCCCAGCUGCGCGAGAUCAAGGACAUCAUACCUCCAGAUCAUACUACAGGCGGCACCAUUGUUGUCCUUGGAGGUAGCAACAGUGGUGUCGAGGCCUCUGCCUUUCUUGCGGCCCAGAUUUCAAAUGCGAGUUUUGCACCGGACUCACCGAGAUCGUACGACGGGUACAAACUGGUCAAUAUCCAUAGCAAGCCAUUCCACGCGAUACCUCGUUACUUUCCGUUGAAGCCGGUCGAUGAAGACACCAAAGAGGUUAACAACAGGCCAGCAUUUCUCCCUCUUGAUCUUGCAAUGUUCGACCUCAGAAGCAGACCCACAGGACCGGUCAUGUAUUCCACAGGGCUCGUGUCAUCGACCAAGGCUGCUGAGGUAAAGCAGUAUUUUCGAAGCAUACUCGGAGGAGAUCAGAGUGAUCUUGGGUCUGUGGGGCUCGUCGAUAGGGAUGAGAAGUCGGCUCCGUUUGCGGCGAUUACUGAUCUGUAUCCUGAAUUCGUUCGAUCAGGCAGUAUCGUACCGGUGCUGGGCAGAGCAACUAAGUUUGUCAUAAAUCGAGGCGGAAACGAUUGCACGGUGACCAUACAGAUGCAAACCAAGGAUGGAGAGCCAGCGUCAGACUCCAGCCCAUCGACUAGCAUAUCUGAUGUCGUGGCCAUUGUGCAUGGGACUGGCUUCAUGCCGCAAAUCACACUGUCAUGGCUGUCCCAAGACGUGCUUGAAAGGCUCGAGUUUGAACCGGCAUCCACAAGGAUGCCUGUCCUGCUUGCGAAUGCUAGUAUCCUGCAUCCACAGUGUCCUACGCUUGGAUUUGUUGGUUCGUAUGAAGGGCCUUACUGGGGAGUGAUGGAGAUGCAAGCAAGAAUUCUCGCAGACAAGUGGUCUGAAUCUCAAAUUCAGCAGUCCGAAAGCGACACCGCCAGGGAGUUGGCAGAGUUGCGUUCGUUUCGGCAAUCGAUGCUGACGCGCAAUCUGGCUGCACCACAAUACUGGAUGGGUGAUUAUGUUGGCCUGAUGGAGUCUCUGUCUAAGCAGAUUGGGAUCACUCGCGACGGCGAGCAAGAAGGACCAGUCAUCCCUGCACGAUAUACGUCGAACGCUGUCGAAAAGACUGCCGCACAAUCGACGCUUUCGUACCUUCAGUCCACAUUAACCGCUUCGAAAGAGUCUGCACGCUUCGUUGCCGCUGCAGUUUUCCGAUCAUUGCAGGGAUCAUGGGAGCAAAAGAGAUCUCUGAACAGCAAAUUGGAUGAGUUCCCCAUAAACCGCUAUGAAGGGACUGGAACCUUCCAUCCACGCGCACCAACAGACGUUGGGUAUGAUGGCGAAUACCUCUACAUCGAGCAAGGGACUGCGUAUACUAAAACCGGACAGUCGUUUCAGACAUCUCAUCGUUACGUCUACCGCUACUCCGCCCGGACAGACACGAUCACUGUGUGGUUCGUCAAGAGAGAGACGGAUUCACAGCCAGACUUGAAGGUCGACUAUCUCUUCAACGAGAUGAAGUUCGAGCCACAUCCCCGACCUGGCGAGAAGCAUCAAGGCUGGAUCGCAACAUCCGACCAUCUCUGCAUCAAGGACAUGUAUAACUCACGCUGCGAAUUCAGGUUCCGGGGUGCGCAAAUCGAACGUUUUGUGCUGGCAUACGACGUCAAAGGACCGAAGAAGGAUUAUGUGAGUGAAACAUGGUUCAAUCGGGCGGUACCAGCAUUGGCAUCAGCAUCAGCUCAGGCUUGAGGGUUCCUGAUUGAGACGGUUAGAUUUGACUUGCUUUGUUCAACACAAGUCAUUGUUGUUUCCAUCACCCCUCCACUGAAAGCAUCAUUGGGGAGUCAACUCAACUUCUUCAUGAAGGAUACGUGUGUGUGUAUGUAUCCUAUAAUAGAAGCCGGGCGCCGUGAUUCGGAUCGGCCCGAUUAUUGAAAACGAGACGCCAAUGACCGCCCCGGAAAACUGGUCGUUCUGAUGCGGGGUGCGCAUAACGGUCCACGCAGCUUGGAGCACUGACUGUAGAAAAAGGCCCACAUGUUUCACCCUUGUUUACCUGCGGGAAUUUUAUCACUACACGGUGCUCUUGCCAAGCCAAGCAUCGCGCCUUGGCAUCUAAAUUAAUCGAAAAUCGCGCAGGACUCUCACAGUCAAAAUACAGAGAACAGAAGGCAGAAAGCGUUUGAAGUCCUGUAGCAUGUCAUUGCCGUCGCUCGUAGGAGGCUGCUGAACG